AUGGGCCCCGGAAAGAAGAACGCCAAGGCGACCAAGAAGUUCGAGAAGAAGCACCUCACAGGUGUUCUCGACAAGCGCAAGGCCAAUGCCAAAAUCAAGCAGCGCUACCAGAUGAACGACAAGAAGAAGGCACGCAACGCUACCGAUGCUGAGUAUCUCAAGGGUCCCAAUGGCAAGGCUGUGGACGCCCCUACGGGCAGCGUCAUUGGAAAGGGCAAGAAGGUCAACGACAUGAGCACAGACGACUUCUUUAAUGGAGGGUUCGAGGAGAUCAUCUCGCAAAGGAGCAACGGGAAGAAGAGGAAGCGCGAUGGCCCCAAGGAAGAGGCAAAUGGUCAAGCGGAUAGCGAUUCAGAUGAUUCGGCCGGCGCACAGCCUGUAGUCAGCGACGAUGACGACGAUGAGGAUGGCGAAGGCGACGACGAGAUGGGCGCCAUGAGCAAGCAGACCAUGGACGACCUCGCGAAGAAGGAUCCCGAAUUCUACAAGUUCCUGAAGGAGAACGACCCAGAGGCGCUUGAUUUCGACGACAAUGCCGACCUUGCCGAAGUCGACGAGCUCAGCCAGGAUUCAGCUGCCGAGGACGAGGCCGAGGAAGAUGAACAGCCCAAGAAGAAGCGCAAGAAGGCCAAGAAGGCCCAAGAGGCAACCGUUGGCAACGAGCUGACCAGGGAACUUGUGGCUUCCUGGCGCAAAUCCAUGGCCGAGACCCAUUCGCUCCGUGCCGCCCGCCAGACGGUACUCGCCUUCCGCUGCGCAGCCCACCUCAACGAGGACGAAGACGAGGACUCGCGUCCUGGACGCUGGACCAUCAACAGCCCGCAAGUCUUCAACGACGUCCUGCUCCUGGCCCUCAACGAGAUCCCCACCGUCAUGAAGCACCACCUUCCUGCCAAGGAGUCGUCCUCUGGCAAGGUCUACGUCCAGACCGAGACCAAGAAGUUCAAGACACUGUCACUGCUGCUCAAGACGUACACCACCUCGAUCAUGCACCUCCUCAGCACGCUUUCUGACGACCGCACCUUGAAGCUCACCCUCUCCGCCAUUGAGCCUAUCCUCCCCUACCUACUCUCCUUCAAGAAGCUCGUCAAGGCCCUCGCCAAGUCCGUCGUCAACUUCUGGGCCCAGCCCUCGUCGACAGAGACCACACGCAUCACCGCCUUCCUCGUCCUCCGCAGGCUCGUCGUCAUCGGAGACAAGGGCAUCCGCGAGACGGUGCUCAAGAGCACCUACCAAGGCCUCAUCCAGGGCUGCCGCGUCACCAACGCCAACACGAUCCAGGGCAUCAACCUCAUGAAGAACUCGGCGGCCGAGCUCUGGGGCAUCGAUCCCCAGGUCGGAUACACCACCGCCUUCACCUUCAUCCGCCAACUGGCCAUCCACCUCCGGAGCAGCAUCGUCAACAACAAGAACGACUCUUUCCGCAUCGUGUACAACUGGCAGUACACGCACUCCCUCGACUUUUGGUCCUGCGUGCUCGCCGAGCACUGCUCGCCCCUCAAAGAGGCCGAAGCCGGCAAAGAGUCGCUCCUCCGACCGCUCAUCUACCCUCUCGUUCAGGUCACGCUCGGCGCCCUCCGGCUGAUUCCCACGUCCGUCUACUUCCCACUCCGCUUCCACCUCAUCCGCUCCCUCCUACGAACAUCCCGCGCCACGGGCACGUACAUCCCCCUCGCGUCGCCACUCCUCGAGGUACUCAACUCGGCCGAGAUGAAGAAACCACCAAAGCCGUCCACGCUCAAGGCGUUUGACUUCUCCGUCGCCUACAAGGCACCGAAAUCCUACCUCCGCACGCGCGUGUACCAGGACGGCGUCGGCGAGGAGGUCGUGGAGCUCCUGGGCGAGUACUUCCUCCUCUGGUCGACGUCCAUUGCCCUGCCCGAACUCGCCCUGCCGCUCAUCAUCCAACUGAAGCGCUGGCUGAAGCAGGCCCGCUCCAAGGCCAACGGCAACAAGAACCAGAAGCUCGUGGCCUCGCUCGUGCUGCUCGUGCAGAAGCUCGAGGCCAACGGCAAGUUCAUCGAGGAGCAGCGCGCCAAGGUCGACUUUGCGCCUAAGAACCGCUCGCAGGUGGAGAACUUUCUGAAAGAGUACGAUGUGGGCAAGACACCGCUGGGUGCCUAUGUCAUUGGACAGAGGAAGCAGAGAGCGCAACGGGCCAAGAUGCUAGAGGAGGCCAGGAAGGAGGACGAGAAGAAGAGAAAGGAGGAAGAAGCGGCUGCCAACGCUGGCGAGGAUGUGGACAGCGAAGCAGAUGAAGAUGAAGACGAGGAAGAAGAUGAGGAGUUGGAGAUGGAUGGAGACAUGCUCGAGGUGGACGAGGAUGAGGACGACGAAGACAUGUCCGAUGAGUAG